UUCACAACAGUUACACUAUACGUCGUCGGACCUAUUUAUACAAAUUACUAACAUUCAUACGCUCGUGAACUCAACGUUGUUACCCGGUACGUUAUGGAAAUAGUUCUACGGUAUAAGGGGACUGUAAGCUACAAAUCAUACUUCAUAUUAUGAUCAUACUUCAUAUUAUGAUGUAAAUGGUCCUUUAAUAUGAGAAUUAUCUAAACUUGAGAUUAUCCACUGUGCGGAAUCAGAAGCAAGUUCGCCACACUGACUGCGUAACUGGAAAUAUGUCCGAACAAGCAAACGGAGAGAUCAACGAUGAUAAAGAUAUCAGAGAAUUUCUUCAAUAUGCCGAGGUAAGCGAGGCACCAAGUACAAAAUGGGAAGAUGUUGCUGGAAUCGAGACGGCAUGCGAAAAGAUGAAAGCAUAUGUAAUUGUACCAGUAAAGUUUCCGCACCUUUUCACAGGUGGGGUGCGCUCAACAGGAUUUCUCAUAUAUGGUCCGCCUGGAGUGGGAAAAACACUGUUGGUGCAAGUAACGAUUGCCGAGCUGAGCACGUGCAAUGUACUGUGUUAUAAAAUAUCGGCAUAUGAUCUUCUUUCAAGGUGGCAGAAACAUCCUACAAAAGCGUUACGAGCAAUGUUCAGGAAAGCUGAGGGCUGCAAAUUCAGUGUGAUGUUUAUUGAUGAUUUUGAAGUACUGAGUGACCAAUGCGGAAAUACAGAGAGUGGCAGAAGACUGAAGGAAGACUUUGUCUCAUUUACACGAUAUUUCCGUUCAAAUUGCCAUGAAAGCACUCUGUGUAUUAUUGGCAUUACGAAUAAACCCUGGAAAAUGGCAGAGGACUUUUCUUUACGACAAAUAAUGGACAGACGGGUGUACACCCCGCUACCGGACAGCAAGGCAAGAAUAGCAAUCUUCAAACAACAGUUGUCUUCUGUCCAACAUUCUUUGUUAGAGGAAGACUUCAGAAUGUUGGGCGAGAGGUCCGAUGGACUAAGUGGCGCUGAUAUCAGUACAGUAGUGAGAGAUUCAAGCAUGCAACCGAUCCGAAAAAUUCAAGUUGCAACACACUUCAAACAGAUUUCUGGACCAUGUUCUGAAGAUCCAAACAAGAUAGUAGAUGACCUGUUAACUCCCUGUUCCAGAGAUGAUCCUGGGGCAAUAGAAAUGGACUGGACGCAGAUAGAAGCAAACAAACUUGCACCACAAGUAUUAACAAUGGACGAUGUGAUGAAGUCUCUGUAAACACAGAAACCAUCUGUGAGCAAAGAAGAAUUGGACAUGUAUGAACAGUUCAAGGAGGAAUGGGGAUCUUAAGACCUUUUAUUCCAAGAACAAGGAGAACCAUUCAGUUUUAGAGGCUCGAAACAUGGAAGUUCCAUUUCAGAAGUGACCUCUGUGUAUUAAAUCAGAAUACAUAUUUCAUUCUUUAUUAAAGCGAGUUGAAGUUCAGUGGAAAACAUCAAAAUCUGAUGUUUUUCAUUGAUAUGGAUCUACAAAAUUUGGUUAAAACCAUUUAAAAAGAUAAAUACAAAGAAAAUUGUGUAAUUUACAUACAUUGUAUGCCUUACAUUUUUACUUAUGGCUACUUGUAAGCCAGUGAAAAUAUUGUACCUUGUUUCCCUGGAUAUUUUAAUCUAAAACUGAAAGAUGUACCAUUUUAUAUAUAAUCUAUAUAUAAUUUAUAUAUAUUUCUGUAGUAAGCCAAUUUGUAAAUUUUAUUGAACUGUUCCAUACAGAUUUUUUUUCGAAUGUAGAAUUUGAACUGUCCUACUCUGGUCCAGUAGGAAGAGCAGUGACCCAGUGAGAAGGGCUGUGUGUAGAUUAUAACCUUGGUAUAGUAUCCUAUUCCAUUUACUGUGUUUGUGAUUUAUUACAUACCACUGUAUAGUAUCUGCAUUCGUAUAUAAUGAAAAUAUGCAAAUAAAACG